AUGAACAGCCAGAAGCUACAUGGUAGUGGCCCUCCAGCAUACGAUCGAGAGCGCGAAAUGGACGACCGACACCGAGCACUACAACAACGCGAGGAGAUGGCCCGUCGAGACCAAGAACGAGAGCGCGACCGGGAGCGCGACCGAGAGCGGGAGCCCGGCGAUCGGUACCAGGCGACAACUCACCAUAGCAGCGCUGGCUCCAUUCCCAUCCACCAGCCGGUAGCAUCGCGGAUCCCCGGUGCAAUCCACAGCCCCGGUGGAUUGCUUGCGAACCAUAACGGGAAUCCCCAGAUUCCUCUUGGCGCCCCCUCUGGUGGUCCCCUGGCCACCUUUGGCGGGCCGCUGCAGAACGAGCACGGCCGGCCAGUCCAGCACGGAGGACAAGCCAACGCAAACCCCCAGCACCCCAUGUUCGCGCCGAUGCCACAUACCACCGCGCCCCCGACCUCAUCGCAGGUGGCGGCGAGCGGUGUCGCUGCCGUGUUUGGUGGCCCCCUACAACAAGAAGGUCAGCGCGGGGCUCAGCAGGGCGCGCCGUUCCCAGGCGCCGCUGGCUCGGCGGCUCACCAGAUCCCUGGAGGCAUCACCCAGGGACAGCAGCCAAUUUUGAAUGAUGCCCUCACCUACCUGGACCAGGUGAAGGUGCAGUUUCAUGAUCAGCCUGAUGUAUACAAUCGCUUUCUUGACAUUAUGAAGGACUUCAAGAGCCAGGCCAUUGAUACUCCGGGCGUUAUCAACAGAGUUUCGGAGCUGUUCGCGGGACAUCCCAACCUGAUCCAGGGCUUCAAUACUUUCUUACCUCCUGGUUACCGCAUCGAAUGUGGCGCUGGCAACGAUCCUAACACUAUCAGAGUUACGACUCCCAUGGGCACCACAGUGCAGUCUAUCACGGGUCGCGGGAAUCAGGGCGACGGCCAUGGACCUGCUGCGGCGAGCCAGCCCAUCUUUCCUGAGCGGGGUGGCCAGUGGCAGCAGAGGCCACAGCACAGCAUUGAGAGCCCCGAGGCACAGUUUAGCACACCUGUGCAGAAUGGCGCAAGCCUCUUUGUUCAAGCUGCAGCUCAGAAUGCGGCCAGUUUCGAAAACUCUGGCUCGGGCCAGCGACGCGGUCUGCCACAAGGCAGUUCUGGGCCCGGCGAGGGGGGACCAAACGCUCGUCAUGCGUUGACACCCACCCCUUCGGGUCCGGCUGCAGUCAAUGGCAAUGCUGCGAACCAGGCAAACAUGGAGCGCCGUGGCCCCGUCGAAUUCAACCAUGCUAUCAGCUACGUGAAUAAGAUUAAGAACCGCUUCCAGGACAAGCCUGAGAUUUACAAGCAAUUCCUUGAAAUCUUGCAGACAUACCAGCGGGAGCAGAAGCCCAUCCAAGACGUGUAUGCACAGGUGACGACCCUGUUCAACUCGGCCCCGGACUUGCUGGAGGACUUUAAGCAGUUCUUGCCAGAGUCUGCUGGCCAGGCGAAGCAGACACCGGGCCGAAUGGAAGAUGGAACCCCGACCGGUCCAAGCCAUACACCACAACCUGCCAUGAGGGAUGGCCAGAAGAUGCCCCCCUUGGGUAGCUUUGCGCCACCCGCAAGCGCGAGCAAGGACAACAAAAAGCGGCUCCGGGCGGACAAGCAGGCAGCUCAGCCCGCAACUGUGCUCGCUGAGGUGACGGCGGCAGCUCGACUCAUGCCUCCUGCUGUGAAUGGCAACAAGCGACCCAAGCUCAACCACGCCAGGGCGUCUGGCGAGGGCUCCGCAGUAGAACCAACCCUCACCCCUGUCAUGCCAGAGCCCUAUCCGCCACGAUCCUCGUCAACGUCCAACCAGGAUGAGAUUGCCUUCUUUGAGCGCGUCAAGAAGUUCCUUAGCAAUCGAUCUUCGAUGAACGAGUUCUUGAAGCUCUGCAACCUGUUCAGCCAGAACAUCAUUGACCGAAAUACAUUAUUUCACAAGGGAGCCCUCUUCAUUGGCGCGAACCCUGAUCUGAUGAACUUUUGGAAGAGCUUCGUGGGAGUUGAGACUCAGGAUGUCAUCAUUGACAACCGGCCGGCACCGCCAACGGACAAGGUAUCUCUCAGCAACUGCCGCGGCUACGGUCCAAGCUAUCGAUUGCUUCCGAAGCGAGAGCGCCUCAAGCCCUGCAGUGGGCGAGAUGAGCUGUGCAAUUCGGUGCUCAAUGACGAGUGGGCGUCGCAUCCCACUUGGGCGUCUGAGGAUAGUGGAUUUGUGGCUCACAGAAAGAAUCAGUUCGAGGAGGGUCUUCACCGUAUCGAGGAGGAGCGCCACGACUAUGACUUCAACAUUGAGGCUAACCUCAAGUGCAUCCAGCUCCUUGAGCCCAUUGCGCAGCAGAUGCUCGCUAUGUCUCCCACCGAGAGGGAGACAUUCCAGAUGCCUGCUGCGCUCGCUGGCCAGAGCACAUCCAUCUUUAAGCGUAUCUGCAAGAAGAUCUACGGCGACCGCGGCAUCGAUGUCGUCAACGACAUGUACACCCAUCCCUUUGACGUGGUCCCAGUCUUGUUGGCCCGCAUGAAGCAGAAGGAUGAGGAAUGGCGAUUCUCCCAACGCGAGUGGGAGAAGGUUUGGCACGCUCAGACCCAGAGCAUGCACCUUAAGAGUCUGGAUCACAUGGGCAUUCUUGUGAGGCAGAACGACAAGAGGAAUCUGACGGCUAAGCACCUUGUCGAUGUGAUCAAGACAAAACACGAGGAGCAGCGCCGUGAACGAUCAUUGAACGGCAAGGCGCCUCGCCAUCAGUUCGUCUGGGACUUUGCCGACAAGAACACGGUCAUUGAUCUCCUUCGACUGAUGAUGUUGUACAGCUUGCACAACGGACAGCACAGCAGCCAGGAGAAGGAGCGGAUUCUCGAGUUUUUCGAGAUGUUCAUCCCCGCUUUCUUUGACAUCCCCGAGGAAACCAUUCAGGAUAAGCUCCCCAAGAUUCCUCCAGAUUCUGGCGAGGAGGAAGUGGAGGACCACACGCCCGCGGAGCUGACCAACGGCCGCAGCCGCCGUAACGGCAAGAAGGGAGAUCUUCUUAGAGGGGUUCUUGAUCCCGGUCGUAACGGUAGCAAGUCGCGGGGACACAAGGAUAAGGAUAAGGAUAAGGACAAGGACAAGGACAAGGACAAAGACGACAGCACGUCUGGCAGCAAAGAGACCACUCCCGAUGUCACUUCGGCCAACGAAGAGGAGAUGCCCGAUGCCUCUGAAGACACGGCCCACCCGGAUGUUUCUAACGAGCGAUGGAUGCCCAGCAUCCCCAAGCCGUUCAUGGUUGGGCAGAGCGAUGCUCUCUUGAGCACAGACGGCGAGCUGAAGGCUGAUGGGUUCUUUGCACGGCCGUGGUACAACUUCUUCUGCAACCAGACGCUGUUUGUCUUCUUCAGCAUCUUCCAGACUCUGUAUAAGCGACUCCAGGACCUCAAGGACAGCAAGGCAGCCGUGGCCAAGGAGGUUGACCGUCUCAGUAAACCGAAGCCUGCUAGAGACAUUGGCUUCACUGAGAACCACAUGAAGUUCUUCGGCAGGAACGACGACCCCGAUACCUACUGGCCCAAGACACUGGAGCUCAUCGAGGAGUACAUCACAGGCGAUGUCGAUGAGACGCGGUACCAGGACGUGAUGCGACACUACUACCUCAAGGCAGGGUGGAAGGUGUACACGAUCCAGGACCUCCUCAAGACUCUGUGCCGGCUUGCCCUCACAUGCAGCAGCACCGAUGCGAAAGAAAAGACUCCUGAUCUGAUUCAGCAGUACAUUGCUAGCCGCGAGAAGGAAGAGACUAGUUACCAAACCGAGAUCAGCGCUAGGAAAUUUGCCGAGAAGUGCGUUAAGGACGGAGACAUUUUUGUCAUUUGCUGGUUCCCGGCCAAGGCUGAGGCCUCUGUACGAUGGCUUCAACGGGAGGAGACAACAUUCUACAUGGAUGAGAUGCAACUCCGUGAGCGUUGGCAGUACUACAUCUCAUCAUUUAUCCGUGUCGAGCCUACCGAAGGAGUACCUAGGUCCAAGCUCCAGAAGGUGGUCCUCACACGGAACCUCCCCUCUGGUGACGCAGACGCAGACGAAGAUGCCAUUCCCAAGCCUGUUUCUUACAGCGAGAACUUGACCAUCAGCAUUUGCCUCAAGAGCUCCAAGAUGGCGUGGGCCCCGGGCACGUCCGAGUACGUUGUCUAUGACCAAGCUCCCAAGACGCGGGAACAGCGCGAGCGACGCGAAAAGUUCCUCCGUGCGUUGACGGGGUACCGCGAGAGCAAGCUGCUCGAGAAGUGGGUGCACAACCCGUCGUGGACCAAGGACCUCAGCCCCGAGGAGGUACAGGAGCAGAACAAGAACUUCCGCCGGUGGAUGGACGAGGGCGUUGUGCCUCCCAGUGCUGCUGAGGACGUGGACAUGGAGUAG